AUGCUGACAUCGAGGGAUACUUCUUCCCAGGACAGAGUCAUCAAUCUAGUUGUUGGCGGCUUAACGUCCUUGCUGCUUGUAGUCACUCUAAUCAGUGCUUUUGUCUUCCCGCAACUACCUCCAAAACCUGUGAAUAUAUUUUUUGCUUUCUGCAUCUCCUUGUGUUGCAUUUCUGCUGGCAUACUUAUCUACUGGUAUCGACAAGGAGACCUGGAACCUAAAUUUAGGAACCUAAUUUACUACAUUUUAUUUUCUAUCGUAAUGUUAUGUAUAUGUGCCAACCUGUACUUCCAUGAAGUGGGUAAAUGAUGGACAUUGGGAAUACCCAGCAAUGAUGCUACUGUGUCAGACUGCUUUCAGCUCAGCUCUCAGCUCUAAUCGAGACAUUUAAGUGAGGACAAUCAGCCUGAGAGAAAGAAGUGGGUUGUGCGAGGAUAAAUCAGUACAUGAUUUUCAUGUAAAUGUAUAUGUAAUGUCCCUCUUGUUGGGGAGAAUUAUUGCCAUAAACUGUGACAUUCUGCUUUUUUUUGAAGAGCUACUGUUGCCCUUAAUGAACACUCCAGUUGUACUGAUGUUUCAGAAUGGCACAAGCUUUUUCAUUUUGGAAAAAAAUGCAUUUUUUUAUUACUGUACAAAUAAACUGCAGCACUGCAAGGAUCUGUAGCAGUAUAAAUAAAUGGCAUCUUAC